UCGUAUCAUCAAGUUCAGCGCAAUAAUAUAUCCAGCCUCCAGGCACUGAGAAGGGCAUCUUGCCAUUAAGCCUGCUGCAGUUUCGUAUUUGACGAAUAUUUCCGGAAGUGACUGUUAUCGCUGUAGUAGUGUGCAUAAACAAUGAAUUAGCCACAAUCCAGAAAUGCUUGGUGCUUGGCUAAGCGUUUGCUGUUUUGUCGUGCUCGUCGGAUAUUUGGUAACACGAUCGAACUGCACACACUUUACUGUGGAAAUCAUUACGCCGGGAAUGAUCCGCGCCUUUGGAAUGAGCAAUCUUCCGUUGACGGGCCCGGCCAUGGAUCUCGGGCUGGAACACAUUCAAAAGAUUUACGCAGAAUUUUUCUCGGUUAAACAAACGUAUAUUUUCAACCAUUCCUUUGCAACUUGCGAUGAUGCAGCCGAUGGGUUUCACUUUAUGCUCUCUGAUUAUUAUUACCGACGGCGCCUGAAUUCCACUAUAGUGGUUUUUGCUUACCCAGGCGGAACGGCCGGUAUCGUAGCUUCGGUCAUCAGCCAAGCCAUUGCGGGGCAAAUACAAGCCACGCCUCAUGCGGCAGCUUAUUUUACCACUGUCGAUUCCAGCAAAAGUCAGUCCUUCGCAACGGUGCUCCAAGAAAUUAAAAAGACGGCUCGCAUUGUAAUGUUUUUUGGACAUGCCGAUAUUCUCCGCAACUUCAUGAUUCAGGCAGCUCAGAACAAUAUGACGGAUGGCGAUUAUGUUUACAUUACCAUGACGCCGUAUGAAUAUUUCACAUCGUUAUAUGGUAACGUGACAUGGCAGAACUACGACGAAUGGGACGAAAUUGCUUUUGCAGCAUACAGAUCACUCCUUCUGGUUAUUCCAUCACCAUCCAGUCCAGCGGCUAGGCGUACAAGAGAAUCGCUAUAUCCAGAGCUGAUACGUCGAUCCAAAGCAGAUUACAAUUAUACAUACCGGCAAAACGAUGUGCCCACUCCGAUCGCUAUUACGCAGUACGCCUGUAUGCGAAUGUUAGGAAUGGUAAUCAACGCGACGUUGUCCACGUUGACUUCAUCCGAUUCCAUUAUCCCAGAAAGCGGGUUUAUGGCCAAAUGGUUUUGGAAUCGCACCGUUGAAACACCGGUGGGGACAAUUAGUUUUGAUGAGGUUGGCGAACGACAAAUACAGCUGGAGGUGCAGCAGCUGAAUUUCAGUACCGGAAAUUUCGAGCCCGUUAUGAUCCAGGAUGCCGCAACUUUUUGGCUGAAGCCUAUCAAACCAGUUGAAUGGUUCAGCGGAGAAAUGCCUCUCGAUAUGCCAGAGUGCGGCUUCAGCGGAAAAACUGGGCCGUGUGCCGAAAGUUCCCGGCGGAACAUCUUUGAAAUUGUUGGCGGAGUGCUACUGUUUGUUGCUGCUACCGUAAUCGUUCUCAGGUAUUGGCCUGGAAGUACACUAUGAUAUACAUAAAAUGUACUACAAUGUGAU